AUGGCCACCGGAAUCCUCUUUGGUCAAGCCUUGUUCUCCAUUGUGGCUCCGGCGGCUCGGACAACUUCCUUCUGGGCUUCUGAGUGCGUGCAUUCAGGCGGCCAUCUCCAGAGUCAACCAGGCGAAUUUGUGCACUGGGUCACAGGAACAGGAUCAGCCAAUCGUGGGCAGAUCAUCGGCGGUCCCGACGCCCAAUUCCCGCUGGACGGGAGGCAGAGAGGACCUCGGACGACUCGAACUCAUGUGCAGUCAAUUGAGGUGACCGGUAGCGAGGACAAAUCUCGCGUUCGGCUCUCCUAA